GCCUCAACUUCGACGUUAAAUUUUAAGUAGAAAACACCAACUCAAAAUGUGCAGCAUCGUGGAGGACGACUUUGGCGACGAGGGCGGCGCGCACACCAUGAAGGAGGAAUCGCCGGCACCGGCCAUUUCCGCCACAACCGAUGGAGAAGAACUAUGCCGCCAGUGUACCGUCAACCCUUCCGUCCUGAAGCUAAACCUGAAGGAACCUCAGUGUCGCGAGUGCUUCUUGCACUACGUCCGGCACAAGUUCCGUGCCUCGCUGGGGGCCACCAAGAUUGUCCGCCGCGGUUCCCGCGUGCUGGUCGUGUUCAGCGGUAGCGCGGAAAAUGUGGUCAUGCUGGACAUGAUCCGGUACGGGCUGCAGCAGGAAUCGUUCAAGAAGCUGCGGAUUGAACCGGUGGUGGUGUUUGUCAGCGAGGACCAUGUUGGGAGGGAGGAUGGGGAGCGUGUGGGGGUGGUUCAGGAGAAGGUUCGGAUAUUGAAGCAGUUUGAGUUUAAAGCUUAUUUUUCGGUUAUUGGAGCGAUGGAAUGCGUUGCGGUUGAGGACUCUGAUUUGCUGGAACGAUAUUCUGAGGAACGUACGAGGUUCAACAAGAUUUUGAGUGGGUUCAAAAGUGCCACCUCCAAGCAGGAUUUUAUCGUGCAGAACCGGAAGCAAACGCUAAAAGUAAUUGCCAAACGGCUCGAGUGCCCUUACGUUUUCCUGUCAGAUAUUGGAUUGGAUCUGGCCAAAACGUUGCUUUCGAACGUUGCCCUCGGUCGGGGACGAUCGCUCGCGUUGGACAUUGCCUUCUGUGACGAUCGUGACGAGCAGCACAAGAUUAUUCGUCCCAUGCGCGACCUCAACCCGGAUGAGAUCGCCAACUAUCUCAAACAUGCAGACAACGAACUGAGUUACAUCACGCUGGAAGAUCCCUUCAAGGACAAGCCAAGCUUGCAGAACUUGACCUGCAAAUUUGUGGACGGACUGCAGCAAACCUACCCGUCGACGGUGUCCACCGUGUUCCGGACGGGGGAUAAGAUGAGCUGCGAAAUAGUCAAACCAACAGUCGAAAACGACACCCACCAAGAUCUUCUCAGCUUGUUCGAGAAAUCGCUACGCCUCGACAACGGCAGCACUUCAGUACGGUGCAAGUUCUGCCACUCGGCGCUGGACUUUCACGGCUCGACGACGCUGUUUGCGACCGAGUUUUCUCGGAUGGUUUCGAGCAGGAUCAACGUGGAGUUGAGCCACGAGGCGAUCGUUGAGAGUAGCAAGCGCAUGGAGGAGGAUGCCCGGCGAAGGGUUAACGGAGAGGAGAUAGAGGGCGGCAAUGGUGAGGAGGACGAGAUGGUGCAGCUCAGGAGGGAGCUGUGUCACAGCUGUAGGAAUAUGUUUGUUGAGUUUAGUGGAGAGUGACAAUUUAUUGCUUUGAUUGAGGACGUUA